AUGUUGUUCCUUGGAUCAAACUCCCUACUCCUUUCACUACCACUCGAGCCUUCAGUUGCUCAACCAAUCGCAGUCAAGUCAAUCAUCCAAAGGAAUCUCUACCGACACGCAAAGGUCGAGCUGGGCAUAUACCUUUUGUUGGACUCUGAACCAACAGAGAAAACCCUAUCCUCCACUGGACACCAUUUCUCUUCCUCAACUGAGGACUACUGGAACGAUUGCUCAGAAACUUCAAUCUCAUUCGAUGAAUUGAUCCCCGCUCACCUUUACACCCCUCGCCGGUUGCCUAUCACUCAAUUGAUCAAAAACUGGUGGCGAUACAGUUAA